AUGCUUCGCGUGUCUUCCUCGCUCGGGGAGGAUUUCACAGAGGUACCUCUAUCCGAUGUCACCGACGUCAAGAGCCUGAAGAGAUAUCUGACCAAAGCCGGGAAGCCGCCAAGAUUCCAGCAGCGGCUCGUUCACCAGGGCGAAAUCUUGGAGGAUGGAGAUAUGAUCUCCAGGCUUGAUCCUCCGGCAGUUGAGUUGGUUCUGCUGCCCCACAACGAGGAGCUUCCCAUCGAAGAUCGCGUGGUCAACGCCGUGGCUCGCGGGAUCAAUGCAAUGGAGAUUGACCGAUUGCUCAAUACGCCACAAGAUCCUGACUGGCGGGAUGAAGCGGGUGAUACUGCGCUCAUUCGGGCAUGCAGCGAAGGGCAUGUGGACACCGUCCGUUUGCUCAUUGAAGCGCGUUCAAACGUCAAUGCCCAGAACAAGGAAGGCACUUCGCCUUUAAUGGGUGCCUCAUCGAUGGGCAGCCGCAUGCUUGUGACCUGGCUCCUGGCUGGAGGGGCAGAUGUGAAUCAGAGGAACUCGGAGGGCAAGUGCGCUUCUGACCUGGCAAGCGAACGGAGAGGAGAGGAGCACCAAAAAAUCGUGAAGCAACUGUACCGAGAGGAGGAGAAGACGGACAGAGAAGCCCGCCGACCCGCUGCAUAG